AUGUGCCGUGAGACUAUCACCAUUGCCCAGUGCGCCCCAGAGGUGGCACCAGUUCUCGCAUUUUAUUGUGCAAAGCUUCACCUCGUGGCUAAGGAUCGUACCGUUUGUGACGCCGCUCGCGGCAAAUGCAUUUGCUUCUUCGGCUCUUGUGGCACAAUCGACCGUGAGAUUCCCACCAAAGGAAUUAACCUCGGCGAUGUUGUGAAGGUCCGUUGCGCGGAAUGUACUCCCCGUGAGCACCGAGUCGGCAACGGACUUAAGGCUCAGCAGAUCCUGGAGUCUGUUCUUCUUCGCUCUGUCGACGCCCGGAAUGGCUGGGAGGAGCGUUCUAAGCUCAUUUCCGAGCUCUGGCUCAACAAGCCUGCCUGUCCCUACCACGUCGAAACCUCUACUGAGCCCGCUGGUCCCAUCACUGGCGCUAUCAACAUCACCCAGCACGUUCAUUUCGAUGCCGACGCCGGUCGAUCUGGUGUCGGUCUUACCGCUGAGCUCGCUGGACCUACUAAGCCCACCCAUGAGCACGCCUUUGAUCCCACUACCGAGUCCGCUGAGCUCAAGCCCGGCUUCGAGGCUGCCGUUGAAAAGAACUUUAGUGGAUUCUCCAGCUCUGAGCAUGCUGCUCUGAAGGAUGCCUCUUCAUCUCCGGUCGAGCCUAUUUUCACUGACUCUCUUGUUGCUGAGCCCGCUUCGUCUCCCGCUGAUGAGUGGACUACCAACACUGCCCCCACUGGUGAACAACGUGACAACGCCGACAAUCACGGUUUCGACUCUGGAGUCAAGAACAUCCUGGACCCCGACGAAGUGGGCAUUUCCACCAGCCGCUGGGCCCCUGGCAAUUCCCCCUCCAACUCCUCCCAGCCAGCUGAGCUAGCCUUUGAGGUCAGGGACAAUGAAAAGGGACAGGAGCAGGAACAGACUCCUGUUGUCGCUGUUUCCCGACGUGCUGUCAACUUCUCCUAUGAUCCCAACAAUGCUGAGAAGCUUCUCGAGACCGCUGAGAAGUUUGCCAACGUCAAGGCCUUCCUUAUGGCCAAGGCUUAAGCGCCAGGCCGAGUAACAACAAAUGGCUGUGGGAAGGAUGAUGAGUAUUAUGGGUAGUCUUGGUCUUUUGCAGAGGGAUGAUUGGAGAGUCA